UAACGGUAAAACCCAACGCUAACCAGCGGCAGAGCAACGAAAACAAUAGCAUAAAUCAGUACACGUGUCGCAUACACAAUGCGAAGCAUGCGGCAAGGCAUCGACAACAACAGCAACAACGACAGCAGCAGCAAUAGCAGCAACAGCAACAAUAAGAACAGCAGCCACAGCCGCAGCCGCAGAGACAACAGCAACAACAACAGCAAGUGAAUUGCGUUAUAAUUUCAUUAAGGACAAAAACCUUUUCAGUCAACGGCUAUAAUGCGAAGGGCUAAGGCAGCAAAGGAGAAGAGCGCUAAAGUAGAAUAAAGUUGAGUAAAAGCAAAGCGGAGCAAAGCCGCAGGACCCAAGAGGCGGCACUAACAAAAGCAUUGCCUACUUACAGGCGCUGCCAAGCAAAAAUCAAGCGACUGGCAUUUUUAUGAAAUUAAUACAAAAGACGCCAGCUAGAGAUAGAGCGAGAGUGACAGAGAAAGGGAGAGGCAGAGUGCGAGCUGGAGUCUGCAAUGACAGCAACGUGGACGUGGACACAAUGAUGAGCACUCGCACUCUGAUUAUAAUGGCGGCCCAGCCUCACGAGCAGCAGCAGCAGCAGCAGCAGACGCAGCAGAAGCAGCAACGGGCUAGCGGGAAACGCUUUUUUUAUUGCCUGACACUCGAGUAGGCAACGUGAUUCUGCUGCCAAGUCGAGACGACAGCGACUGAGUGGCUAAAGCAGACGCUGUAGCUGUAGCUCUCGCUGUAGCUAGAUCAACGUUAUAUUCCAGCGACUGCGCUAAUGUUAUUUGCGUGACGCGGAAGAGGAAGAGGAAGAGCAAGAGCAAGAGAACGAGGAGCUCGAAAAACGUCACCUUCAUUUACUAAUUUGACAUGCAAACGUGACCAAGUGUCGCACAUAGACUCCAAAUAGAAGCGAAAGCCAAGACAAAGCCGAUUCAAUAGAGGAGUGUAUAAGAAAAUGCCACGCCUACUGCAAUUAAUAUUGCCCCAGCUGCUGGUGGUGCUGCUGCUGCUGCUGCACUGCAUCGUCGCCUGUCCGCCGGAAGUGUGCGUCUGCAAGUGGAAGGGCGGCAAGCAGACAGUCGAGUGCGGCGGACAGCAGCUGUCCGCGCUGCCGGAGGGCAUGGAUCCGGGCACACAGGUGCUCAACUUCAGCGGCAACGGGCUGCAGGUGCUGCAGAGCGAGCGCUUCCUGCGCAUGGAUCUGCUCAAUCUGCAGAAGAUCUACUUGUCGCGCAACCAACUGAUACGCAUACACGAGAAGGCCUUCCGCGGCCUGACCAAUCUGGUGGAGCUGGACCUCAGUGAGAAUGCGCUGCAGCAUGUGCCCAGCGAGACCUUUCAGGACUACAGCUCGCUGAUGCGGCUCUCGCUCAGCGGCAAUCCCAUACGGGAGCUGAAGACAUCGGCGUUCCGCCACCUGUCCUUCCUGACCACACUGGAGCUGUCCAACUGCCAGGUGGAGCGCAUCGAGAACGAGGCCUUCGUGGGCAUGGACAACCUCGAGUGGCUGCGCCUCGACGGCAAUCGCAUCGCCUUUAUUCAGGGCGCACACAUUCUGCCCAAAUCUCUGCACGGGAUCAGCUUGCACAGCAAUCGCUGGAACUGCGACUGCCGCCUGCUCGACGUCUACGGCUGGCUGGUCAGCCACAAUACGCCGCUGGCCGAGGAGCCCAAGUGCAUGGAGCCGGCACGGCUGAAGGGCCAGCCGAUCAAGGGACUGCAGCGGCAGCAGCUCGCCUGCCUGCCCGAGGUGAGUCCGCAGUCGAGCUACACGGAGGUGAGCGAGGGCCGGAACAUGUCCAUCACGUGCCUGGUGCGCGCCAUACCCGAGCCGAAGGUGCUGUGGCUCUUCAACGGCCAGGUGAUGAGCAACGACAGCCUGCUGGACAAUCUCCACAUGUACUACUACAUUGACGAGAGCGGCGGCAGCGGCGCCGAGGAGAAGCGCAGCGAGAUCUUCAUUUACAACGUGGGCGCCGAGGACAAUGGCACCUUCUCCUGCGUGGGCCAGAACAUUGCCGGGACGACGUUCAGCAACUACACGCUGCGCGUGAUCAUCAAGGAGCCGCCGGUGGUGAAUGAGGUGUCCUUUCCGCGCGACUACAUGAACUACAUCGUGGCCAGCAGCGCCGGCGGCGCCAUCAUCUUCGUCGUCCUGCUCUGCACGAUUGUGGUCAAGUGCAAGCGCAGCGCCGAGCCGGCCAAGCGCAAGAAGUGCGACCAGGUGACGAGCAUUGCCGGCGCCACGGACUCGACGAACGGCAGCAGCCAGGACACCGGCAUGAUGAAGUGCGCCUCCAUACUGAACGACGGCGACAGCCUCAAUGGCGGCGCCGGCCUCAUGCUCGCCGACAAUCUCACGCCCACCAAGGCCGGCAAUGGCAGCGCCGGCGGACCCGGCACCAUUGGUGUCGGCAGCGCCGGCGGACUCAUUCUGGGCGGUCAAAUGAAGCAGAAUCUGUUGCUGUACGCCACGCCCAACACGCACUCGCAGCAGCAGCAGCACCAGCAGCACCAGCAGCAGCAGCAACAUCAACAGCAGCAGCAGCAACAGCUGCAGCUGAACGUCAAUAUGAUGAAUGCCGCAGCAGCAGCAGCUGCCGCUGCCGGCUCGCCGCCACUGCUGCUGAGCAACGGCCUGGCCGCCGCCUAUUGCUCGCCGCCAGCAUCGCUGCGCAACUACCCGGAAAAGAAUCCCGACCUGGUCAACGAUGCGGAAAGUGUCAAGCACAAGCUGAAGACGGCCGUCUCGCUCGACGGCGCCGCGGACUACGAAACGGCCAGCGAUUGCGGACAGUACGAGGGCUGCUAUCAGCUGACGGCGGCCUCGCCCCAUGCCCAUGCCCACGCCCAUGCCAUGCUGGGUGGCAUGGGCUCGCGGUUCGCUGCCGCGAUGACAACGCUGCCGCGCGGCAUGCAACUGAAGUCGGUGCUGAGCUCGGCGUCAGCUGCGGCGGCAGCCACAUCGCCGCAUCAGGUGGAUGUGCACCUGAAUCCGGUUUGCUUUUUGGGCCAGGAUGGCUAUGCCUACGACUACAGCAGUGCGCAUCUGGUGCAGCAGGUGGCCGCGGCACCGCAGCACCACCAGCAGCAGCAGCAACAGCAACAGCAGCAACAGCAGCAGCAGAACUUUUACCGCACACUGCCCCAUAAUCGCGCCCAUAAGCAGCAGCAGCAGCAGCAGCAAUUUGCAGCCGCACAGAAUGCCAGCCUUCGGUACAGCAUGGAGGCGGAGUUUGUGCAGCGCGCGCCCGCCGUAGCCUACGAGAAGUAUCAGCUGCCGAAUGUGCGCUUCACGGCCGAGGGCUAUCCGCAGCAACAGUUGCAGCUGCAGCAACAGCAGCAGCAGCAGUUCCCCUCGCCGCCCGAGGGCUACAAGAGCAGCGAUCUGCCGCUGCCAGCCUUUCAGCAGUGGCCCAGCUGCUUGCCCGGCUAUCAUGCGCAGCCGCUGCGCUACGGCCUCGGUCAGCCAUCGCCCGUGCUAACAGCAGCAGCAGCAGCAGGAGCAGGAGCAGGAGCAGCAGCGACAACAGCAACAGGAGCAGCAGCAGCAGCAACGCCCGCGCCCACGCUGGAGAGCAACACCACCAUACCCGAGCUGGACGAGACUGAGACGUCGCCCAGCGGCUCGAAUGCAGCCAUGGCCGAGGCCGAGUGCGCGGCCAGCAGCAGCGCCGAGGCGACGGACGCAGCGAAGCUAAAGCAGCUGAAUGGUCCCCUGGCGGACAGCCCGGACGAGGGCUAUGUGGGUGAUGCGCAGGAGACGAGCGACAUUUGACAACGCGGCGCUGCUGCCGGCCAGGAUGCUGCCUUAGACGAUUCUGUGGCUCUGU